UGUGCCGUACGACGUCGUCUCCUCCCGUUAAAGUUAAACUGUCUCCCUCGUCUCCAUUCUCGUCACUAUCCCGAUACCUCAUUCGGAUCUCCCCAUUUCCACAUCCCACAAUCGCAAUCCCUAAAUAGAUAUGUCUCAUUGGCCAUGUCUCUCAUGCUCUUCUUUGAGAGGGUUUAUAUGGGAGUGGUCAUCGUUCUGGUCAAGCUCUUCUGGAAGAAACCAGAAGAACGCUAUGAAACCAGAAGAACGCUAUAAAUACGAGCCCAUUCAGGACGACCUUGAAGUAGGAAGCUCCAAUUUCCUUGUUGUUCUCAUCCAAAUCCCCAUGUUCAAUGAAAGAGAGGUCUACAAGGUCUCCAUCGGAGCUGCAUGUGGACUUCCAUGGCCGUCCGACCGUGUCGUGAUCCAAGUCCUUGAUGAUUCAACCGACCCUACAAUCAAUCAAAUGGUGGAGCUGGAAUGCCAGAGGUGGGCAAGCAAGGUCAUAAAAUUAAUAAAAAUUCAUUUGAAUUUAUGUUCGAUCAACAUUUUUUUGGCAAAUUAUGGGUUAUGUGUGUUGAGUUUUAAGUGUUUGAUUGUAUAUAUCUUUUCAUAGAGAAACAACAACAUAAGAAUACAAGAUAUAUAGGGCAAGGUGUGAUCAACACACUGAUCACCCUUGAAUCACUCCUACAUGGCAGCUUCGUAAAACAGGGAGCAGAAAGAAGGCAAGGCAAAAAGCUUCUAACCACCCUAGAAGUAUGGGAAAGAAGAUACAAGAUCUAACUAGAAGUAAGGUGACAACUACACCCUAAUCAUCAACCUAACCAACAUCUCCGGAUACCCUCUUUUGACUUUUAUUAGACAAUAUGGGGUGACUGAUGCUGCACUGCGCAUACUGAUGCUGCAUAUGAUUGAUGCUGUAUAUGGAAUACCCACUCUUGACUUUCAAUAAUGUGGGAUCGUUUAGGUUUGUGCAUGUUGUUUAAUUACUUCUUAAUUUGUUUCAAGUUUUGAAUUUGCAUCGAUUUUAUCUGAGCAUCAGUUGCUUUGAUUGAAUAUUUACUUGAAUU